AGGCCCUCGCAUCAAGUGCGAGAUUCUCAUAUUAUUUUAAUGAUAAUUAUUUUAAAUUGGGAUAAAUAAUGUUAUCAUCAUGAAAAUUCACAACCUUUUUAUUUUUAUGUGAUAUUCUUUAUGGUCUGUUGAAGUCAACGCGUCUCUGUCAACUUAUGUCAUGGAACUUGCAGUAAGUUCGAAAGAGAUUAAUGGAACGCACCCUAAUUCUACACCUCCGGUAUAUGUAGUUGCUUUGAGUGUUGAAUAUUUUGCCUCUUUCCGGUGUGCGCCAUUCCUGCAACCAUGCCUCUUGCUAAAGAUUUGUUGCAUCCCUCGCCAGCUGAGGAGAAGAGGAAACACAAGCUAAAGCGGCUUGUGCAGCAACCUAAUUCGUAUUUUAUGGAUGUAAAAUGCCCUGGUUGUUAUAAGAUCACUACAGUUUUUAGUCAUGCACAGAGCGUAGUAGUAUGUACUGGCUGUGCCACUAUUCUCUGUCAACCAACAGGAGGAAGGGCAAGAUUAACAGAAGGGAUAAAAGUUGUUCGUUCAGGAGAAAACAACACUAAUUUAAAUUUGAUUAAAAAUCCUCAAGACGCAGCCUUGCAUCUUAAUGGUAUUUGAGUAUGGGUUGGAAAUUUACAAAUGUUGGAUUGCUUGUAUUGAUUUUUCACUUUAAUAAAGGCUGAUCAACGAGGAUUUGGUUCUUGUUAAAAAUAAAUUAUUUUCUUACUUCCCAUAGUUUGAUUUCCAGAUUUUUAUUAUGUGUAAGUUUAUGUACCAUUACUGUUAGUCUGUAUUCAGGUAACCGGUACAUGCCAUGUUCAUCCAGAGUUUGAGAGAGUGGCUUCAAAAACUCAGUUGUUCAUUUUUUGCGAUUUGAGCUGUUUAGAUUCACAAUGGAUAUCUAAUUAGAAGGUACUUGUUAAUUUACUUUAGAGAAUAAUAAAUAUUAGAUAAGUUUACAUGUUCCAAAAAUGGCUUUCACAUCUCGUGCCAAUUUUGUAUCAAUUAAUUGAAAAUAUUGUCCAGCGUUCCACCAACCAGGGAGGCCCUGAUACUGAAAAAAAAUCUUCCUUUAUAUGAUAAGUAACUUCAUGUAACAGUGUACUCGGAUUCCAUAUUUUGGUCCUCGAUAAGGACAAAUUGACUGAUGGCAAAACGAGUGAACAGCGCUAGAGCCUAAACCAUUCAGACGAUAUUCCCCGAAAUUAGUAUUCCUUGAUUGAUCUGGCCAACUCUAAACCCUGUGGGUUUGAAAUGAAUAUUUCAGUUUUUGUAGGUACUUAAUUUUGCCCCCUUUGUAACAGUUAAGUAAUAAUAUUAUUCCACAUUUGUGUAUAUCAACGCAUCUUGGACAAUGAGUUCUAACAAAGCGUGCAUGCAGCAAAGGGCGCUGCCAACAAUGGGCAAAUAUUUUCUUAUUAAUUGUUCCUAAAAGCACAAUCUUUGCGAUAUAAGGAAGGUGUUCUGUAGUUGGUGUGAAACCUGUACAAGUUUAAUUUCAUGCAGAAAUUACGCAAAACUUCGUUUUUUCAAAGUCAUUGUACAUUACAGUUUUUGAAGAGCUAAUUUUGUACAACACUGAGGCAAAAAUCUCAAUCUUCAAUUUUGGAAUCAUAAACUUUCUUUUUUUCUCUCCAAUUUUCUAAAAAUUUUGAAUAUCAAUGAAA